UGAGAUUGCUUGAUUUGCACAAAAAGCAUACGCAUUUAUUGUUACACUAUUAUGUGUCCUUCCCAUUUGCACAUAUGCCACAAACGUAAUGGAAGACACUGUAAUUUAAUAUCCUAAGGUUUAUUUGCUGUGUCGGCUUUGUAAACAUUUUUUAUAUGAAGUGUGUUAGGUUCUUUGCAUACGUGGAUAACAAGGAAGUCCAGAUUUUACAACGUCUGGAGAACGUCAACCGUUUGGAGAGAGGAUUGGACACAAAUAUAAAGUACAAGUUCAUAUUUGCAUUACAAAACAUGCCGGAUAUCAACGCUGUUGACGAAUUAGAGCCAGGCGAUGCAAUUGUCUUCCAAUACUGGGGUAUAGAUCAUGAAGGUAUUGUAACAAGCGUAACAACCGAUCCAGAAGACAAAACACUUGGAAUUGUUCAUGUAAUCCAUUAUGCGUUCAAUUUUCCGAUUACAAGAUCAAUCAAAGAGGAGAGAUUCUUCUUUGAUCUAAACCAGCAAAAAAUUUCAAAGAAAGGGUAUGAAAAUGUGCAGCUAUAUGAUGCAGCGACGACCAUUAAAAGAGCAAGAGCGCGCGUUGGCGAACAGCGUCAUAAUGCUUUCAACAACACAUCUCGUCAUUUAGUGGAAUGGGCAAAGGUUGGAAACGAUAGCAGAAUGCUUGAAAUUGGGGCAUUCACAGAAAGCAAUGGGCUACUGCGACUGUACAAUGCUUACAGUUGGUACGACUUAAAAGAAGGAUGCAUUCUUGAAUACUCAUAUUACGGAAUCCGACACCAAGGCGUGGUGACAAAAGUGAAUGCACAAGAAAAUAUGGUGACCGUUGCCCAUUAUGGCACGCUUGGCAUAUUUAGUAGGCGCACCGUCAUGAAAGAUAAACUACGCAUAGAUUUCAAAACGCAGGCACUAAGGAUAUAUCGUUGCGACCCUGCGUUCAACCAUAAUGCACCCGACGUUGUAAUAACGAAGGCCGAACAAAGGAUGGGCGAGCAAAACUGGAGUAUACUGAGCAACACUUCCUGGAUGUUCUGUCUUCAUUGUCUGUUCAAUUAACCCCUGACUUACUAUUUGUGUUGUAAUAAAAUCACACACGUGUCGUAAACGUUCGAAGAGCACGAUAAAUCGAAUACUAACGAUGUUUAGUGCUAAAAACCAACACCCAGAAUUUGUGUUUUGUAUUGACCGACAUAAAUCAUCCUAGUUUUGCUUUGUAGAAUUGUGUGUGUGCUGUUAAAACAAAAUGUUAAAAUGAAAUUGAAAUAGUAUACAGUUUCAACAGAUAUCUUUCUCUGUUUGAAAUAGGAAACUUACAAUUAACCGUACACGUAUGUUAUACUUGCAAACGUUUACGUUACCGAGAUGUAAAAUAGAAGAGAUAGCUGAAGGAGACGGAAAAAAACGAUUCAGAGUCAGCCGUUACUUUUAAAUGCAUUUGCGUUUUUAUGUCCCCCAGUCUAUAAUGGGCGACAUAUUGUUUUAGCCUUGUCUGUCGGUUUGUUGGUUUGUUUGUUUGCGUCAAACAUUAACAUUAGCCAUAUCUUUUGCAAAAUUGAAGAUAGCAACUUGAUAUUUGGCAUGCAUGUGUAUCUCAUGGAGCUGCAUAUUUUAAUUGGCGAAAGGUCAAGGUCAUCUGCAAGGUCAAAGGUCAAAUCAUAGGGAAAUAGUGUUUCACAAACACAUCUUGUUUUCUUAUUGUAUAAACAUUUUGAUGUCAUGAAGGCUUAUUGACGAACUUUAUCACAGGCUAGAAAUUAGUUUAUUAAUGUUGUUUUAGUUUUCUGACUGAAAUCAAAAGGGAUUGUUGAUUAGGUAAUAACAUGCAAAUACUGUUUAUUAAAUAUGUUAUAACAUAUCAUCAAAGAAUUAUAAAAGAUUUUAGUGAUUCGGCGUAAGAUUGGUCUUGUAAAAGACUGCUAUCGAUACAAAAUAAGCAAUGUGCAUUUAAUGUUCAUGAUAUUUAUCAACAGCGUUUUACUGAGUUCUAUACUGGAGGACAUAUUGUUUUUGCCCUGUCUGCUUGUUGGUUUGUUGCGUCAAACUUCAACAUUGGCCAUAACUUUUGCAAUAUCCAAGAUAUCAACCAGAUAUUUGGCAUGCAUGUAUCUCAUGGAGCUGCACAUUUUGAGUGGUAAAAGGUCAAAUGCAUCCUUCAAGGUAAAAGGUCAAAUAUGGGGGGACAUAGUGUUUCACAAACACAUCUUGUUUUAUCUAAAAACAAGCACAACAUCCAAAUAAAAUGUUUUCUUUAAAUUUACGGCAUAGACAUAAUGUAGUGACCGAUACUUAAAUAUAUUAGAGAAUGUUUCUGCCGAACACAUAUAGAAAUGAUUAUAUAUAAACGAUAUUUUAUAUUAGACGGCUGACAGUUCCAAGCGAGGUUAUGUAUUUUUUUUGUUAUAACAGUACUUUUAACCAGAAAUUAACUACGUCCAUUCAUAAAACUUGUUAAUUCUGUGUUGUUAAAUAAGUAUAUGAUUUUAAUCUUUUUAAACCGAAACAUACGCACACGCUUAAAUAUUUGAAUACAUGAGUCUUGAUAUCAA